CAGAGAGAGAGCGCGCAGGCGGGCAGAAGGACGGCGGGGCAACGGCGGAGGGUCUCUCCUCUCCCCUCCCGGCUGCGGGGCGGCGAGUGGUAGAGAGAGGCGGUGGCUGCUUCUCCUCCUGUUCUUCUUCCUCCUCCUGCUGCUGCUGCUGCAUCUCCCUUGAGGAUGGCCUCUCGCUGAUCAGGCUGAAGUUGGAGGCUGCAGAGCCAGGACAACUCUUGGGGACCCCCGGAUGGCUACCGCAAACAAGGGCACCAAGCCCAAAGUGGGGGGUGUCCGCUUUGCCCCAACCCAAGCGGUGGAAGGGUCUUCCAGCCACGUCCACUUUGACGAAAAGCUUCAUGAUUCGGUGGUCAUGGUCAGCCAGGAGAAAGAUGGAAACUUCUUAGUGAAGGUGGGGUUCUUGAAGAUCCUUCACAAGUACGAAAUCACGUUUGUCCUGCCUUUUGUGGAGCGGCUGGGGAAGGACGUGUGUGCCGCACCCUUGUCGAACCUUCACCUCAAGGUGAUCAACAUCCUGCCUGUCUCCGAAGGUUACAGCAUCAAGUGUGAGUACACGGCCCACAAGGAGGGGGUCUUGCACGAGGAGAUGGUUCUUUGCAGCGAAUCCAGUGCCGGCGCCUCCAUCAAGGUUGUCGUCCAAGCCCGGGUGAUGGACCGCCACCACGGCACGCCAAUGUUGCUGGAGGGUGUGAAAUGCGUGGGUGCGGAACUGGAGUACGACUCGGAGCAAAGUGAAUGGCAGGGUUUUGACUAGCGGAGGCGAAGCCCUCUGCGUGCUCGGCAAACCUCGGCGCCUUUCGAGGGUUUUAUAUACAUAUACAAAUAUAUACAUCUAUUUUCCCGGUUAAGCUUGAAA